UCUUGUUUUCAAGUUGAAGUUUGAAGUUACACAAAAAGCAAAGAAAAUAAAUGGUGGAAAUCGCGUUUUCUUUGUUUUUCCCUUUCACGUGUGAGGUAAGCGUGCGAAGCGUUGCCAUAACAAAUUUUUUCUACAGACCUUUCUCUCAAAACUUCGAUUGUUUCGUUCCUUUGUGAUUGUGUUUUGUUUUGACGAUUUCUUUCAGGACGAAAAUGGUAUAUUUUGAGUGUUGUAAAUAAAGCAUGUAAAUAAAUAGCAUUUUGUGGUGAUUUCAGCUCGAAAAUUCAGUGAAUAGCUGGAAAAUUAUGUUCGCACGUCUGUAAAGACUUCAUACAGUAGUUUCUUUAAGGUCCAGUAUUGAAUUAAAAAGUGUAAACAAUGGAAUUGGGUGAUAGGGUUUACGCUGCUGAGCGUAUUAUGAAGAAAAGGAAUAGAAAGGGGAUUGUGGAGUAUUAUGUGAAGUGGAAAGGCUGGAGCCAGAAACACAAUACGUGGGAGCCUGAAGAAAACAUUUUAGAUGGUCGCUUAAUUGAGCUUUUUGAAAGUUCACAGAAAAACGAAAGUGGUGGUAAAAGGGGCCCCAAAAGAAAAGAAAGAAAAGAAGUACCAAGGGAAAUUGAGACAGAGGAUGAAGAUGUCUCGAAACCACUCAAUCUAAAGGGCAACACACGACAAUCAACCAAAAGAAACUCUAAAACAUACACCAAAGUAGAAAGUCGGAGUGGGGAUGAAAGUCAGGAUGAAAGCCUUCCACAGUUGACAACCAGCACUAAAGACAGCCAUAACAAAAAGAAUGAAGAACUCGAAGUGAUUGCCAGUGCAGCAGAAGAUGAUGAAACUAAAACAGGUAAAGGAUUAGAAGACACCUUUGAAACUCCCUCUACGCCACUGGUUAACACAACAGAAAACGAGAACUCGAACAGCUCGAGUAGCGAUGACCGUAAACCGUUACUAUCACGGAUUGAGACAACAGGCACUAAACGCAAGGCGGAAGUACUAUCGAAAGAGAGUGGUAAGAUUGGAGUGACAAUCACCACGAGUAGCCCUAAAAGUUGCAGCCCCCCUCCCGCUAAAAUAUCCAAGGUUUCCUUAAGGCCUAACGGGAGACAGUCGAAGCACGAAGAUGAGACUCCUACAUCUGCCAUUCCUUCUGCUUCGAGCCCCGCUGUUCUCACUGCGACAGCCCCAAUAUCUAAUGAGGAUAAAAGGCAAGCCAUGGAUAAGAGACAAGCCAUAACGGAUGCAGCUUUACCUCAUUGUUCGACUAGGGAGGCUGCAUCUCCAAACGAGACAGAAAAAAGGCCUGAAAAAAUUGAGUUAAAUUCGGACAAAAAAGAAGAUAAGGCCAAUGUUCAAGCGAACGGUCACAAUAGUGAUGAGCUUGCCGAACUCACCAGCCCUGGAUCGGAAUAUUGGCUGUCACGGAAUCCAGUGGCAGAUCAAGUGUUCAUCACAGAUGUAACAGUGAAUUUGAAAACAGUCACUAUAAGAGAGUGUAAGACGGAAAAAGGUUUUUUUAAGGAGAGGGAAGAUAACAAUGAACCUAGUGAUGUGGUGUGAAGACUGAUCAUAGUGACGGUGGUGUGAACAUGAUCAAAACAUGAAGUGUCUCGUGAUAACUUUUUUUAAUGAACGAUUUUUAUUUAUUUAUUUAUUGUGAACAAGUGAUGGGGGUGUAUCUCGAAAGGAAAUUAUUCAAUUUUAUGAACAUUUUAUUGUAUAGGGUGAUGCCACUUUAACAGUUAAUAGAAAAACUUAUUUUAAGAAGAAAAUUUCAUAUUAAAGGUGCGUUCACACUGGCUGCGGCCACGCCGCUCCGCGCCGCGCAAUUCUUUUUUUAACAUAUACUUUUGUGUGCGCUAAAAAAAUACACUUCAAAACUACAUGCUAAAAAAAGGCUUUGCGCGGCGUGGCGCGGAGCGGCGCAGCUGGUGUGAAAGCACCUUAACAUUGAUUCAAAAAUGGUUUGUUUUAAAAAUACAGGAUCUUAAAACUUUACUAAAAAAAAUACAGCUGUGCUAGAGUUGUGGAGUCUCUUCCAUAAAAUUUUUAAAAAUAACUAAUACGUCCCUAUUUAAUGUUGUUAAACUUUACAAUUUCUUCUAUAUAAGCAUUCAUUCAAUUUAAUUUUUGUGGAUAAAUUUCAACACUGUGGUAUUUUUAAAAUUAAUCAUUCUUGACUUUAGGGUUAGGAACUAAAUUUUUCUGGGCUACGUCGAAACACCGGUUCCCGGUAGAUUACCGAAAUUAAGCGACGUUAGGCGAUACGAGUCAAUGGACGGAUGACUUCCUGGAAACUUUGUGGUGCUGAUGUUCCAUGGCAAGAGUGUAAAAUCUAUUGACACACACUGCUCAUUCACGCCGCGCCGGUUCGAGGCCGGAUGAGAUUGGAUAUCUAAGAUAAGAGUCGAUUUAGACACUCGCCAAGUCAGUAGACCAUUGGCAAUGAUAUGGCCGAAGACCUCGGUUCGGAUUCCCCGUAAACAAAGUAGACCUUGUCGAGAUUAGGCUUCGCAACAAAAAGCAGACGUUAACUUAGAAUACUUUCUACUUUUUUAAAUUUUUCUAUACACUGCUAAAAACUGGUACCACCCUGAUUGAGAGCUACUUUUUAUAUUUUAUAUACAGGGUAUGCCAAAAAAGUUUCCAACUAAUGUAAUUUUUUUAUAUAUCUAAAAAUUAAAGGGAAUAGUUUAAUAUUUGGCAUACCCUGUAGAUAUAACGACAAACAAAUUUACUAGAAGAAAUUUUGAUUAAAAAAAUAGUCAAGGGCCUAUUCUUUUAUUGUACAUUUUUUAUCAUUCCUUCUGAUGUAAUUUUAUACUUUAUUUUUACUCUUUUUUAUUUAUACAUUUUUUUUGUGUAAGAAUUAUCAGUUGAAAGUUGUGUAUAAUAAUUUUAUUUUAUUUAUUUUAAUAUUAUUAUUAAUUCGUGUUUAUUAAGUAUGAUUUUAGAUGUAGUACAAAUUUUCUCAGAUUUUUUAUAUUAUUUUAUUUUAUACAUCUGUGUAAGAUAUUGUAGUAUGUAAUUUGUACAUAAUUUUGUAAAUUUAAUUUUUAAACUAGCUAUUUCCUGUUAUGGUAUUUUUUAAAUAAAAGGAAAAAA